AUGGCACGCCAAAGUUCUCGGUUCUUCGUGUGCAUUCUGACUUUGUGGAGCUGCGUUGGUGAAGAGAUGGAGCAGCAGGAUAGAUUGAACAAGCUGGCGCAGCUCCUGGAAGAUGAAGGUAACAACUUGAAGUCCAUGGCUGCAGCUCUGCACAAGGAGUCAGCAGCGGUCGAGGAUGCAUUCUCCAGACAGGAGGAGGCUGCAGCAAUGAGAGCAGCUGCCAGUGGUGCCAGCAUGCUGAAUGUGGCAGGUGAGGCUUUGGGCUCUUCGGUCCGUGUGUCAUUGGCAUGUUUGGACGGGCUCCUAGGUGCCCAAUCCUGUGAACAAGAACUAGUGACUAGUGACUAG